AUGCUGAACUCCGAUUUGGAAAUGCCCGAAGUAGACAUGGUUGUUUAUGAAUACACAGAUAUUCCAAUGAAGUUGUCGUUAUCCACAUAUGCAUACAAAUUUAAACCUUGGAAUAAUGAUUCCAGAUAUUUAUAUUCACACGAUAACAUGCAGAAAGAAAUAGAUGACUUAAACAUGUUAAUGAAGUCCAUGGUUCCACGGAUUUCUGUAUUAUUCAUCUCAGCGAUUUCCUAUUCCCUUAUGGUUAUUAGCUGCUACAUGUUAUACUUCUUCCACUACAUUAAGAAAGAUCUAGACAAUGCUUUCAUAUUUGGAUGCAUAUUUUUAGGUUCCUUUAUUCAUUACAUGAUGUGCAUGGUGUGCAGAUACAUAAUAACGAAGAAUGUGAUUAUAUCAGUAGAGUCAAGAAUAAUGGAUUUAAAUGUAAAAUACAAAGAUGAGCAAAUAUAUUUUAAGCUAAUUAAUUUAAGUGCAUUAGGGUUUAAGUAUUUGAAAUUCCAUUUUGCAUACUCAGAAAAAGUGCAUUAUGCAAUCCGAGUUAUCUACAAGUAUUGCAGAAUAACAUGA